AUGACGGUGACAAGGACACGGGAUGGUGUCCCAGGAUGGUCAGGGGAUCCCUCAACAUGGUUGGAGUUCAAGCAGGCAGCCAGGUUGUACGUAGCGUCAACAAAGGUAGAGAACAGAUACACAUGUGGGCCAAAAAUAGCAGCUGAACUCACAGGGGCAGCGAAGACUGCCAUCACAGGGAAGAAGAGCACAUGGCUCAGUGAUGCGAGCGGCGCCGAGACUCUGCUGCAGUACCUUCAGUCCACCAUCGGCGAGCCAGCGUUGCCGGAGGUGGGGAACUUCAUGCGGCAGUAUUUCAAGGUGCUCAAAAGGAAGAGAGGAGAGGCAAUGACGGCCUUUUGCGUUCGACAUCGUGAAGAGUACGAGCGCAUGUGCAGGUCGCUGGCACGCAUGGUGCGGGAGCACAAGCAGGGCCAUGGGAAAAAGGCGGCAAGUGUCGGCACAAAGACCAACUCAGAGCCAGCCCCGUCACAGCCACCACCCUCACAGACAGGGGCGGAUGACAACCUAGAGGGCGAUGAUCCAUCCACCUCUGCGGCAGGGAACUCUGAUGGCAACACAUGGCAAGCAAACCCUUGGUGGAGCAGCUCCUACUACGGGUGGCAGUCAGGAUGGGGAUGGCAUCAACCAUGGGGGAGUUGGUCCUAUGACAAAUGGUAUGACGAGGGGAGCAAGACAGCCCUCAGCACGGUCAGCGAAUGUGAAGAUGAGGACAAGGUGGAGAUCCUGCCGGAUGCCGUGCUGGGCUGGUUCCUCUUGGAAAAGUCGGGCUUGGACACCUUGGAGAAGAGCGUCAUCCAGGGAGAGAUCAAGGGGGAUUUCACCCUGGCGGGCGUCGAGCAUGCCCUUCGAAGCCACUGGUCAGACGACCAGAUACGCAAGCGAGACGGAGAUGCAAAGCAUGUGGCGGCCUUUCAAGACGAAGAUGAAGACCCACCCUCGGACGAGGAUGAGGCUUUGACUGAGGAGAUGACACCCGAAGAGAUGUCCUGGUACCAGGAGGCCAAGGCUGACGAGUACAAGGCAUAUGCACAGUUUCAGCAAGCAAAGAGGACACUGAAGGAGGCCAGAGCUCGCCAGCAUGAGGUGAAGUUGGCUCGGAAGUACUACAAAGUUUCCUCUACGUCUUCCAGUUUGGGAGGCAAGACGUUCUCAGGCAGCCGGCCUGUGAAGGGCCCAUGCUUCAAGUGUGGGGCAAUGGGUCACCAGGCCAAAGAAUGUCCAAAACGUGAAGAACGAGCCCAACUGGUGUCGGAAGCCGAGGAGCUUGCUGAGUACACCACCUACUUCACGGUCGAUGACGAGUCUGUGCACGGUCAGGAGGGCACGAUCAAGGACACCAUGAAUGGCAAUUGCGAUGAGCUGGCCAUGACGGCCCAAUCCAUGCCACCCACGACGUUGGAGGCCAUCCAUCAGGGCAAGGCCAUCAUCGAUGGGGGGGCCACCAAGACAAUGGCGUCAGUGUAUGCCUUGGAGAAGCUCUCCCAGGCCAACAUGGACAAGCGAGGUGAGUCAGGCGUGGCCAAGGUAGAUGGCCACAACCGACCCAUCUUUGGCUUUGGAAACUCCCAGAAAGCGAAGUGCCUGAGCACAUGCAUCAUGAAGAUUCCCAACCAGAAUCAGCCUAUGAACCUGCAGGUGCAUGUGGUUGACGAAGGGCAAGCUCCAGUCCUUCUGAGCGUGGACACACUUCGCAAGCUGGGUGCCGUGAUCGAUUUCACCAAGGAUCAGGCAGUUUUUUCCAAGGUAGUCACCAUGCAGGGCGAGAAGAUGAAGCCCCACUACCAGUGCACCAAGAGCGAAUGCGUUCAGGAGCUGCUACAGUAUCAAGUGGUGGCACACAAGGAUUUGACCCUCCAGGAGCUCCGGGUCCUUCUUCGCGAAGCUCGCAAGAAGGAGGGCAUCAUUGCUCCUCGCGAGGACAACACCAUCAUGGAGGAGAUCAAGAAAGGCAAACUGGACACCCUGCGCCGUAUGUGUGCGGCCCGGGACAUUGGCAUCAACUCCAAGACCACGGUUGGGGAGAUGAGGUUGGCUCUCCGCCAAUGGCUGAUCGAGUCUGGCACGGGCGACACCACCUACGAGAUUGGCCAGCAUGCCGGGGCCACCUUCAACGAGAUCAUGCACAACAAGCCGGACUACAUCCAGUGGGCCAUCAAGGAGGUUCAGACAGCCCCUCAGGCAGACUGGCGCCUGAUGCAGCUGGCACGCUGGGCCACCAAGAUGCAGCACAACACGGAUCUCUGGAAGGACGAAGAGGUGUAUGUCACCAAGGAGAUCAAACAGAGCUUGGCAACAAAGAUGAAGCCAGCUGGUCAAGCGGGCCCACCACCAAUGCCGUCCACGGCCACUUCCAGCCAAGAGAAUGUCCAGGCCAACGACAUGAUGAACAUGAUGAAAACCAUGAUGGGCCAGAUCCAAGUGCUCUCUCAGGAGCUACAGGAGGUGAAGUCCUCCCGGGCAGGCAGUUCCUAUUCUGCCAAGACCCGCAAGACCACGAGCACCAAUGGGGGGUUCGAAGAGAUCGAAGUGGAGGAGUCUUAG